AUGAUCAAGGAGUGGGGAGACGAAGACAACAAGUGCUGGUUAUGUUUUAAAAACGUGGCAGGCCUCGUUCUCAAUGGGUCUGGUGUCCUCCAUCCACAUGGUGACGAUUGUGUUGCGAUCAAUGGUGGUUCAUAUAAUAUUAACAUUAGUCAUGUGGCAUGUGGUCCGGGUCAUGGCAUCAGCAUUGGAAGUUUGGGGAGAGGUGAGUUCAAUGAAACAGUUGAAAAUGUUAAAGUAACACACUGCACCUUCAACGGAACUAGUAAUGGAGCAAGAAUCAAGACUUAG